UAUAUUUAUAUCUUGCGCAAUAUGUUAAAGUUGUUCCUUCUAUUAACGUCUAUAGCUUGCACUUUGGGUGCUGCUGUGCCUGAGGGUCUAUUGCCUCAAUUGGAUGGUUGUAUUGUGGGAGGUGCUGCUACCACCAUAUCUUCUUUCCCCUGGCAAAUUUCUCUUCAACGUUCUGGAUCUCAUUCCUGUGGUGGUUCUAUCUAUAACAACCAAAUCAUAGUGACUGCUGCUCACUGUUUGCAAUCUGUUUCCACCACGGUGUUGAAAGUAAGAGCUGGUUCUUCUUUCUGGAAUUCUGGCGGUGUUUUGCUGAGUGUUAAUGAAUUUAAGAAUCAUGAGGGUUAUGAUCCCGAGACCAUGAUUAAUGAUAUUGCAGUGAUACGUUUGAGUUCCUCCUUGACUAUGUCUUCCACCAUUAAGCCUAUUGCCUUGGCUUCUUCAGCUCCUGCUAAUGGUGCUGCUGCUACUGUUUCCGGCUGGGGUACUACUGCCUCUGGUUCUGCUUCUUUACCCACAGAAUUACGUUAUGUUGAGGUUAAAAUUCUUAGUCGUACCCAAUGUGCCUCUUCCACUUAUGGUUAUGGUUCGGAUAUUAAGACGAGCAUGAUUUGUGCUUACACUGUGGGUAAGGAUUCUUGUCAAGGUGAUUCGGGUGGUCCCUUAGUUUCGGGUGGUGUGUUGGUAGGUGUUGUUGAAACAUUAUGUGGUUUUAUUACUAAUUUAGGAUCAGAUUUUGGAAAAUAGACUUUUGUAGUUCAUAAUCAGAAAUACAUCA